AUUGGUGGAGACCGAUGCUAGCGACCAGUUCAACUCCAGCAGAAGCUUACGUUGCACGUAUCUGUAACUCGUUUGCGGCGAGGAAUUUUGUUCAUCGAAGCUAAAUUCUUUAAAAAGUAUACGUUGUUCACGAAACUGUUUGCAUUCUGAUAGCGAAAAUGAGGAUAGUGUAUAUAACCUGCAUUCUAUUGGCUACAACAGUCUGCAGCAUUGCGAGUGACAAUGUGGAAACACCGCCCGACGAGAGUAAACCUGUCUUUUAUCAUAUGACAGAGGAUGCAACCACUGCUGUUCCUCCUGUGAAACCUGCAAUUCCUGCUAAUGAAAGUGCAAAAUCUUCUACUGUUCCAAAUACUAAUACUUCUACUAAUGGUACUGGCAGUACCACCAUUAAACCUACCGAUACCCCUACUACUGCAACUACUGUUAGUAAAACCAACAGUACUACUGCUACCACUAAUGCUACUACCACUUCUCAACCAACUACAUUACCAUCAACAAAAACACCCGACAAACCUACGACUAUUAGUACAGUUACACCUACUCCGACUGCAAGCAAUGUAACAACAAGUACAUCAUCACUAGGCACAACUGCACUUCCUGUAUCAACAAAAGGUGUCCCACCUUCACCCUAUAAGGAACGACAUUUCGAUGGGCUCAGUUUCUUAGGUGGCAUCAUAUUAGCUAUAUGUUUGAUGGCAAUUGCAGCAUUUUCAUGGAAAUUUUAUAGAACGUUAAAUGAACGAGAGUACCGUACGCUAUGAUGUCGCAGAAGUCAUCAACGCGAAAAUUCCUUUUUCGACAAGUAAAUGCAGUCAUUUGAACUGAAAACUAUAAAUUUUAUUAUAACAAUAUUGCGUAUUUUUAUAACGCACUUAAGUGUCGCGUGGUUUAAGUGCUCUUAGUAAUGUGAUGUGCAAAAUGCGAGUUUCGUUUCUUUGUACCUAAUUACAAAGACAGGUUACAUUACAAUGUUGUCUCUCCACAUAUUCGCACGCGCAUUGUGAUAACGAAUGCAAUUGCGAGAAAGAGAAAAGUAAUGCGAAGGAGAUAGAUAGAAAGCAAAAGUUGAGAACUAAGGGCUUGAGAGAGAAAGGGGAGAGAAACUGAACGUUACCAUACGCAUGCGCAACUCGUGCACGAAAGUUGACGACCAAUCAAAUACACAUUCCAUUAAAAAGAUCAAUUCUGCAAGAUAAUAAUCUAUAUACUAUUUUCCGUUCAAGUGAGAAUCAUUUUGUAAGGCACAUUUUUCAUUUUUUUCUUAUCUUCUACUCAUUUUCUAUCGUAUGUAUGAUAAAAACAACGGUUAAAUUAAUAUAAGAAUAUUAAAAUGUACACAGAUAUAAAGGUUCCUAUGUGUAUAUUUCAUAGUAAAGGUGGAUAUAAGGGAAACUUAAUUGAUAGAUAAUAAACUAAAAAAUGGUUAAUCAAAAAGCGACUCAUGUGGAAUAAACAGGGAUAUAGUUUUGGUGAAAUCGAAAUUGUAUGCAUUUAAUUUGAAGCUGUCUUCGUCGCGAAGAUGAUAUUUGGUUAUACAUUUUCGGCGAUAACAACGAUGCUUCGUUUCAUUCCAAGAAAGCGAAUGACGUUCGUAUGUGUAAAGUGUAGAUGCCCCCAUGAAUGAUCUUACCCUACAAUACCGUUGUUGCAAAACCUUCAUACGAUUUAACAAGGGGAUGAAACUUUUCAAUUUCGACCUUUGUACCUGUUGGAAAACGUAGUUGUAUAACAAUUGACAAACAUUGAAACAGACGUUGAGUAUAAAAAGAACAACUUAUGUAUGCCGUUCAACGUUUCACGUAGCAAUCGUAAUCGAAUAACGUGUAUUUUUAUUUCCUUUUGUUUGUUUGUUUUUGUUUUUAAAUAAUAAGUUCGAAAAGAAUAGAAAUUAAUUUUAAAUUUUGUUUACGUUAAACGUUUUGUCCUGUUCAAAAAAAUAAAAUAAUUACCAAUGCAACUAUAGAUGCACUGUGACUACGGCCAAUGAUAACACUGGCUCCUAGAAUUCCCUCGGUUGUUUUCAACACAGUCAUAAUACGUUCAAUAUCGUCUGGUAAUGAGCUCAAGUAUUUACGCGCGGAAUGAUAGUUUUCCCACAGGAGUUUUCCUAUAAUGCGCAUUAAACAUUCACUCGAAAAUUGUACAGAAACGCGACGAAGCUUAUUGGCUUUCAGUGGAACGCGCGAUACCUAAACAAAUAACUUUGGAAACAUAUUAAAAGCGAGAGACAGGAUUUACUAUUAUUAAAACUAAAUAUAUGCAAAGCAGCCUAAAAUAAUACAACAUAUUUACGUUCAAUGUAAUGUUUUAACAAGCUAUGUAAAAUAAUUGCUUAUAUGAAUUAUACAAUAAUUAAUACUAUGCAAUGGAAAAAUAUAACAAAUUAAGUUGUACAAUACUACAAA